UUUAGGGGGGAGGGAAAGGACGAAGCUUAGUGUGUUUGUGGGAUCGCGCGCAUGUGUGUGUGUGUUCGUCGGUGAAGUGAGCGACAUUGCCAAAGAUAGCGGGGCCCGUCGCAGUCGGCGUCAGUCGCGUUACCUGGUCGGUCGAAGGCGGUUUGUCACAUCGGUUCGUCCGGGCGAGGGACUAUCUUCCACCUCGGUGCUCGAUGCUCGUUUCCCUCGUCGUCCCGGCCUGCUUAAAUGCGCGUGUGCUUCGAGAACCUGUGCUUCUCGUCGCAGCGUCUCGCUGAGGACGAGGGCGGGUCGUCGCUGCGCCUGGCGACCGCCGAGGCGACGACGACGGCGGCUACGACGACGACGACGCACCACCUCAACAACAACGCCGCCGUCGCCGUGGUCGUCGAGAAGAUGGGCAGCCUGCAGGAGCUGCAGGGCCUGCUCGAGUCCAAGGACUCGCGCAUCCGGCAGCUGGAGGACCUGCUGAGGUCCCGCGAGCAGGAGAUCCUGGAGCUGAGGUCGCACCUCGACAAGUUCCAGAGCGUGUUCGUGUCUCCGGUGCACAAGAACCACGCGACCAACCACCGGCGGCAGCUGCGGCCGCGCAAGCAGAGGGCGCAGGGCAUAUCUGCGGAGCCGCAGACCCUGCAGACAAUCCAGGAGCUGAGUCAGCAGACCUUCCCGACCUACCCCAAGAACGACAGGUAAGAUGCGCGUUGGAGCUGCGGUCGGUCUUCUGUGUACUCAGUACAGCGAGUUAAAAAGAGGCCUUAAGAUGGUAAGUGUUAUUCAUGCAUUAAAAUUAAUUAUUAUCUAAACAAACUUAUUUCAUAAUACCACGUAUCUGUAUCAAAAAUAGUAAUGAUGGGAAUAAAAUACAUGGCGUGUGCGACAGAGCCUUAAUUCCUGCAUAACCGUUGUGAAACCUGAGUCUUUUCAAGAAUAAAUACUGGUAAAUUAGAAGGUAUCUCCUUGUCCUUAUCUGGUGGUGGUUUAGUAGAUCAGCGAGUUUCCAGACAUAUACAAGACGUAACUAGGGAAAGGGGGGGGGGAGAUUGGGCUUAUGCCCCGGGUGCCGCAUUUAGAAGGAGGAAGGGGGGCGGGCACAUAACUGCCAGAGUAAUAUUUAGUAAGGAUAUUUAAAGGAAUAUCGUAGUGCUAAAACACACAAAAAAUGGAGGACAUGAUCUGGAUUUCUUGUAUCGAAAGAUACAUACAUGUAUAACUUCAUAUAUUUAAAAACUGGUAUUUUUCGCGUACUAUCCAGCUUGCAAUGUAUUAAAAAUGAAAUUACUGCAAAUAAAUAUGUUUAUUUACCAUCUAAGUUCAUUCAGAAAUGUAUUUAUAAUAGUGUAGUGGAAUUAACAUGUGGUGGCGAUAUGAGGUGUUGUCGGAAAAGGUUUUGGUUUGGUUGGUUUGAAAAAAAUAGAAGAUGAGUUCUUGCAUCGGGUGGAAACUAGUGUAGUUACGUCCCUGACCACGACUACUGUGAGUGUAUGUGCCCACGUAAGUGCUACGGAUAAUGUGCGAAGGUGUCUUGGGAGAGCCCAAGUUUUAUGCCAGCUGCUUUUCGCACGGGUGCGUUUUGACGCACGGGAGUUGUUCUUCGGGUGACGUUGGCACCCCUUUUCUCGCGCGGCGCUGUCGUGUAAUUGGACGCGGCGAGUAGGAGCUCCCUCCUACCGUGUUGUAGCGGCGGCGCGGGGCUACCUUCUCCGUCCGGAUUUACGACCGCCACCUCGGAUUUACGACUGCCUCCUCCUCGGAUCCGCCGUCCGUCGCGGGCGAGGUACGACCGCGAAGAAAGGGAAGUCGUCUUUUUUUUCUCUCUCUCUUUCUGGAUGUUGGACGAUCCUCCUGUUUAGCUCUCUCCCAGGAGCACUGGACAUACAUUUCGUUCGUUUUACUAAGUGUAGUACCUAUCUCACGCCUGCCCGUUGCGAUUUUCUUUUCGCGGCACAAUCCACUUUGGUGUGAAACUUGUUCUGGUCAAAGCUUUCAAAAGUAUUUUUUUUUUUAAUCUGGCUGCAGAUACUAUUGAAUAUUUGUUCUUUGUUUACAGGUAGGCUCCGUUCAUCUACUUUGAAUUAACCCAGGGACCAGGAGCGCAAAUCUGUAUGAUUCGAAAGAGAAAAAAAAGAAGGGGGGUUGCGACCUGAGAGGUUUGGCACGUGGGUUUUAACCGACACAAAUCAUCUCUGGAUAGGGUGCUCGUAUAUGUUGGCCUAUAUGCAAGCAAUAAGCAGAAAACUAAACAGUUUUCCAUAAAACAUAAAUCUUGACGUUUAUGUUUAUCAACACCAUUUCACAGUCACGAUUUUGCAAGCUCAAGCGGGCCCCCUUAGUGAGGGGCUUCUUAAAUCCAGAAGGGUUGCCCCCCCCCCCCUCCCCUCCGCGAGAUCCACGCCCAUGCUCGAGACGAUUUCAUGGCAAGAUAAGCCUACUGGCCUAUUUAGUCCCUGAUCGUCAAUACUUUAAAAUUCAUUUCCCUUAAUUUGCUGAGCAGUAAUAUAAUGUCAAGAUGUUGGCCAGUACAUCCACACUAGGCGAGUCGUAGGCCCUCCUCACACGGGGAUACUGAAGUUGCCUACAAAACGAUCGCUGGUAGCCUGGAGACUAGGCAACUGUGUGACUGGGUGACUCUAGUCGCCCGUUAUCUUCACACGACGCUACUAAAAUAUCAGAGACUGGGAGGAAAAAAUGCAUCGUGAGUACAGCCCGAGUAUCUUGUGGAACCGUGAAGUGCCUAUAUAUUGUAUGUAAUGUCCAGUGAUAACAGCAGUGACGAUAGUGAUAUUGUUAUCCAAUAUUAUCAACAUUAUAGAAAACGAAGUAGGAAAAGAUUGUGGGUUCAUCCAUAUAUAGAAAGGAACAUUAAUUGUAGAUUAUUUGUCGCGGCCAAAGAAUUGCAAGAGACAGACUCAAAAUUCAUCGCUUUCUACAGAAUGACGAAGGAGACUUACCAAAUGUUAACGGAAAUUGUUACACCUGCGAUGUAUUAUAGGGAUACCACUAUGAGGGAAUGCGUGAGCCCCGGUGAACGAUUGCUGAUAACUUUGAGGUAAGUAAGUUAAGAAAUACAAAUUAUUACGAAUUUUUGUUAAGGCACUUCUAAAUGUUUCCCUUCAACACAAAUCUAUUUCUUUCCAAGUAUUUUAACGUAUAUACUGAUGCUUGGCGAAUAAAAACAAUGUAUGCAUUUUAACUUGAGGCCGCAAUUACUUAUUUUAUCUGUGGAAAAUGGCUGUUGUAUGGAUCUUAAGAAUGUGCACUUUAACGUUAACAGGUUAAAUAAUCUAAAGUUAUUUAUACCCAAGUAUUCCAGUCAACUGAAAGGUGAAAGUAUAAACAUAUCUUAUGCAUAAAUUCAUUCCAAUGUUUAAUUCAAAUAUACCUAAGAAAUACACAUUCAAAUAAUGUACUGCAAAAGAAAAAAUGUAUAUAUAUAAACUAUUUAAAGAAUACCCAUUACACAAACAUUCAAAUCAUGACUGUAAACACAAAAAUAAA